AUGGUGCGCGAUUGGUUAUUUACUGAGAAGCAGUUGAACGAAACACCAUCAAGAAAGGAUGGAAUCGAUCGUUCCGAAGAGGAUCAACUACGACGAGAAGGCAUAAAAAUGAUCGUUGAAGUUGGAAGUGCGCUAAAAUUACAACCGAAUCCAACACUUGCAACUGCAGCCGUCUAUUUUCAUCGUUUCUAUAUGUUUCAUUCAUUUAAAGAAUUUCCCAAAAAUCUGACUGCAAUGGGAUGUCUGUUUUUAGCAGGUAAAGUCGAAGAAACGCCGAAAAAGAGCAAAGAUAUUUUAAUAGCAGCCAAAGAUAAAUAUCCUCAUCAAUUUAAUCUAAAAACUGCUUUAGAAGAAAUUAUGGGAAUCGAGCGUGUUUUGUUGCAAACAAUAAAAUUUGAUUUACAUGUUGAACAUCCUUACACAUUUUUAUUGCAAUAUCAGAAGGUUUUUAAGUUGGAUAGAGAAAAAAAGCAAAUAGUAUUACAAAAUGCCUGGACUUUUGUUAAUGAUUCCUUAUUUACAACACUUUGCCUUGUCUGGGAGCCAGAGGUAGUGGCGAUAUCCCUUAUAUUUAUGGCAUUGAAAAUGACUAGAUUGGAUAAUUGCGAAUGGAUUGAUCGGCAUCCUGGCGAACAAUGGUGGGAUCAGUUUGUUGCAAACUUGACUUGUGAUAUGAUGGAAGAUGUCUGUCAUAAAGUUCUGGAUUAUUAUAGUAUUACACGAAAUGAGCGAUGA